AAAAAAGGUUCACGGUCCUACGAGGAUCUGCGGACCAAGUUUGGAGCUUCAGUGGAACUGGUCGAGUCAGCCAGGAACAUAUAUUCCGGAGAAAUACCGCCAAGUCCAAUGAUCGACAUAUCGAGUCGCAUCCAAGUGGCAAAACAAGUGUCCAGCUGCAACUAUGAGACGGACACACAUUGGGGUCAGGAGAUUGGUUGGUCCUAUGGGUCAAUGGCAGAAGACAUUUUGACCGGCCAGCGCAUCCAUUCAUCAGGUUGGAAAUCCACGCUGCUGGACACUAACCCACCAGCAUUCUUGGGAUGCGCUCCUACAGGAGGACCAGCCAGCCUUACCCAGUAUAAGAGAUGGGCAACUGGCCUUCUAGAAAUACUCCUCGGGCAGAAUAGCCCAAUCAUGGCCACCAUCUUCAAGCGCCUCCAGUUCCGGCAGUCCCUUGCAUACCUAGUGUUCUACGUCUGGUCCAUGAGGGCACCUUUCGAGCUAUGCUAUGCACUAUUAGGACCUUUCUGUCUCUUCAGAAACCAAUCCUUCCUUCUCAAGGCAUCAAACCAUGGUUUCAGCAUUCAACUAGCCCUAUUCUUGUCCUACAACAUAUACAACUUUGUGGAGUACAUGGAAUGCGGACUCUCAGCGCGGACUUGGUGGAACAACAUGAGGAUGCAAUGCAUCGUAUCAAUCUCCUCUUGGCUCCUUGCUUUCCUUAGUGUGGUCCUCAAAACAAUCGGCCUCUCCAAAACUGUGUUUGAGGUCACCCGUAAGGACAAAAGCACAUCAGAUGGUGAUCCCAGCACCCAUGAGACUGAUCUAGGGUGGUUCACCUUUGACUCUUCACCAGUGUUCAUCCCAGUGACGACAGUUGCAAUCUUGAACAUUGCCACAAUUGCUAUCGGGGUAUGGCGUCAUGCCAUUUUUUGGAUGAUAACAGGAAAUCAUGAUUGCCAAAAUAUUGGAGAAUUUAUGUGUUGUGGAUGGAUGAUAUUAUACUUUUGGCCAUUUAUCAAAGGCCUUGUUGGUAGGGGAAGAUAUGGAAUCCCAUGGAAUGUCAAGCUCAAGGCUUGGGUGAUUGUGGUUGCCUUCUUGUACUUCUGUAGAGGAGAUUAAGUUGGUGGGACUCCACAACAUUGAAAUCUCACAUUUGUAUUUCCAUUGAACAACUAUUGGAAUAUGUAAUAAGUACAAUUGCUCUAUAUUAUCUAAAUAAAGUAUCCAUAGCUCCACUUAAGACACAACUACAACAAGCUGCAAACUAGAGA